UUGAGUCCGUGUGGAAACGUUGUUGCGCGUGUUUACUGUGAUGUUGUAUUAAAGCCCAUGGGAUUAAACAGACUCGGUUUGCGGCGUUACUGUGUUUUAUCUUCGGUCAUCACUGCUGUGGUGAUAUGGAGCUGCUGCUUUAAGAGGUCUGACCCGCCGCUGAGUGAAACAGUUUAUAAUAAAAACCAACCAACCCUGACUCCGAUGCCUGACCAGACCCUGGAGUACUUCAUCAGGAAGGGGAGUGUACAGGAGCACAAUGCUGCAGAUAUCCUGUGGUAUCAUGCAGCCAACAGCAGACACAAGAUCACUGAAGCACUACAAGAUAGCACGCAGAUGAUUGAAGCCGAUGUACUUCUCCGGGGUCGUGACCCAAAGGAACCAGUAAUGGCACAUCCACCCAAUGAUGACAGCGACAUCACGUUGCAAGAGUGGCUGAACAUGGUGGCGAGCUCCGAAAAAGGGAUCAAACUGGACUUUAAAAGUCUGGAAGUGGUGGUGGAGUCAAUGGCACUGCUGGACAAGGUCCGAGAUCAACUGAAGGGACCUCUGUGGAUCAACGCAGACAUCCUGCCUGGGCCUGGAGGCACGGCGACACCUUUAGACGCUCAGGCCUUUUUACAAGCAGUCGCUAUGAAAGCAGAGGGAGACGUGCUUUCCUUGGGCUGGACCACUGGAUGGUCUCCGAAUACAGAUAACCCAGGUUACAGCUGGGAGAUGGUUCAGCAGAUGGAGGCGGUGUGUAAGAACCUGACGCAGCCUGUGACCUUCCCGGUGCGAGCAGCUCUCUUGCCCCAGUCCUUCGUUCAAUUCCAGUGGCUCCUCCAGCAGUCGGACAGAUAUACUCUGACCAUAUGGACGGGCCAGAGUGACGUGCUGAACGUGGAGGAUUUGUUACCCUACAGGCAACACUUCAGCAAGUCCAGAAUCUACUAUGAUCUCUUAGAAAAUCAAAUUUCACAGUUUAAAAGCUUACCUGGAUAUACUGUGUGACACUAGGACUUACUCUUCACAAGGAACACAUUAUGUGAUGGAGCUGAAAUCAUGCCUCAUGACAUAUGAUAUGAUAUGACGUUUUUACACAAUAUGGCUAUAGUAUUCACUUCGUUUCACUGUGUCAGUGGAUUAAUGUAAGUCAGCGGGACCUGGUUUUUAAGUCUGAGUGUACUGUACAAUGAUGGCACAUUUGUACAAGAUGUACUUGAACUGUAAAGUGUAGAACAAUGUGUAUUGAAUUACUGUGUAUCUUCUGUUCUAUUUUCUCAGUUUCUGAGAAUUUCUUUAGGUUUGGCUGUUCUUUCUUUCCUUUCUGUUUACCUGUGAAUGUAGAACAAAUAUUUUGUUCAAUGUAUGGUUAAUUAGAAUAAAUAUUUACACUAGCU